AUGGGUCCUAUUCGCGUCGGCAUUAUCGGCGUGGCCGGACAGUCCUCCGCCCAGUACACGCCCGGGGAAUGGGGUGUCCACCAUCUCCGUGCAGUCCUGGCCAACACUCGGUACGAGCUCACUGCCAUUUGCAACUCAACCGUCGAAUCCGCCAGCAGAUCAAUCGCCUUCCACCAGCUCGAUGCUAACAAGGUCCGAGCCUACGGCUCAGUUGCAGACCUCGCGGCCGAUCCUCAGGUCGACCUGGUCGUCGUGGCCGUAGACGCCAGCAAGCACGUUCAGCUUGCCCAACCAGUCAUUGAAGCUGGCAAGGACGUUUAUGUCGAGUUUCCACUGGCCCCGAAUUUGAAAGAAUGCGAGCAACUCACCCAGUUAGCAAAAGAUGUCGGCGUUAAGUCGAUUGCUGGCACGCAGGCGCACUCGGACCCCGCCCUUGCGAAGCUCAGGUAUCUGGUGGAGAACGAGAUUGGCAAGAUUGUUUCAACCGUCCUCGUCGGUACUUCUCCGAUAGACAGCAGUGCCGGCUGGCCUGCGAGCGCUGCCACGUUCUUGUCUGUGGAUGGCUACGCCAGUCGUAUCCGGAUCGUGAAUGGUCAUGUUCUUGGUGGGUUUAGCAGCGUCGUUGGACAGUUUGAGGACCUUCAAGCGGUGUACAAGACUCAGUCGCCGACCACUACCCUGCUUGAUGACAAAUUCCAGCCCGUCAAAACCAACUAUCCCGUCACCAGCCCCGACCACGUCGGCAUUCAGGGCGUUUUAAGGUCCGGCGCUCUUGCGAGCAUCCAUUUCCGCGUAACGGCCGCGCCAGUUGAUGAUUGCGGCUUCAGAUGGAUCAUUUCCGGUACCGCUGGUGAAGCCGAGCUGGUCACCAAGCCGGGCUUCUUCCAGACAGGCCUAGAUGGCGCAGUCAUCAGGCUGAGGAAGCGUGGUGAGGAGGCAUCGAAAGAAGUUGACUGGGAUACGGGAUAUUCCGAUGCUGUUGCAGCAGUUGAUGGCUGGACCAAGAGCAUCGCCAGAGUUUAUGCUGCUUUUGCCGAGGGGAGGGAGAGCGAAUACGCCACGCUCGAGACGGCUCUCGAAGUUCACCGAACGCUAGACAAAGCCACCGCUGGCGCUCUUUGGGCUUCCAAGUAA